AGACGAAUGUAAGUUUAACAUAUUAUAUUACAUAAGCCUUAUAGUAGGGAAAAUGGAUAGUGUUAACUCAGGUUUACCUGGUUGCUCAAAGGAUAACAUGGACAAAAUGGAUGUUGAAAAAGAAUUAACCAAUAAAUUUCUAAGUGGGGAAAUGUCAUUUGCUGAAUAUUCAAGCGAAUGGUAUGGUGGCGAAGAUGAAGAGGAAGCCGAAGAUUCCAAUAAAAUAUCAGACGAUGAGUCACUACCUUCGUUGCCGCAGGUAGAAAGGAUUGGCCAAAGGCGUCGUAAAUUGACACGCCUAACUCCUGUAUUGUUAGGACUAAUGGGUGAGGCUAACUUAAGAUUUGUGAGGGGGGAUAAGGAUAUGGCUGAAAAAAUGUGUCAUGAAAUUAUAAAGCAAAAACCAAAUGCACCUGAACCAUAUCAAACUUUGGCACAGAUCUAUGAACACGAUGCUGAAAAAUCUUUACAGUUUUCAUUGUUAGCAGCACAUUUAAGUCCCUCUGAUGCAAAUGAAUGGUUGAGACUUGCAGCUAUAUCCAAAGAGAGAAAUGAUGUAAAGCAAGAAAUGCUUUGUUACACUCAGGCUGUAAAAGCUGAACCUUUUAACUUUCAAAAUCAUUUGAAAAGACUGGAUUUAUUAACAACAUUGGAGGAAAUAAAAUAUCCUCUUAACAAUAUAAAUGUGACAAGAGUUAAAUGUUAUUAUAAAAUAGUAACUUGUCUGCCACCAACAGAAGGAGAAAUCAUCAUGAAAUAUGCUAAAAUGGCCGCUACUAUUUACCAUAGUAAUAGAGAAUUAGAACGAGCUACUGCUGUUCUAGAUGCCGCUUAUAAGAAAUGUUCAUCCCUUUUUUCUUUAGAAGACAUAAAUAUAUAUUUAGAAUUAUUAAUCACUCAAAAACAAUAUCAAACAUGCAUUGAGGUUUUCGUUUCUAAUCUUGGUAUUGUAAUAGAAGCUGAAAUCCAGACAAUAAAAAAUUCCAGUGAUGAGAUUGAGGAACUCACAAAUUACUUAAACUGUACAAUUCCAAGUAAUUUACCCAUUGAUUUAAAAAGUAAACUAUUAAUAUGUUUUAUUCACUUGGGUGCUAUUAGCUUAGUUGAGACGCUUUUGACUGAUUUUCUCACCAAUGAUGUGGAAAAAGCUGGCGAUUUAUACAUGGACAUAGAGGAAGCAUUUUCCAGUGUGGGGCAUCAUGAACUAGCUAUGAAACUCUUGGAACCUCUUAUAAAGAAUACAUCUUUUGACUUAGGAGCAGUUUGGCUUAAGCAUGCUGAAUGUCUUUACAACUUAGGAAGGCUAGAUGAUGCUGUAGAAUCUUAUUAUAAGGUAUUAAAGCACGCACCUCAACAUCCAACUGCUCGUCGAAAGUUGUAUGCUAUUUUAGAACAAAAAGGUUGCAUUGAUGAGGCAUUAGAUAUUUUGCAACAAGACUAUAAUUAUGUAGUCAGUGCCAAGUUACUCUUAGAACAUUGUCAAGAACUGAAAAAGUAUAAUAAAACUUUAAAAUACUUGGAGGUUGGUGAAGCUCUUUUGUCAAAAACAUUUCCUAGGUAUAGACAUCAGGAAGAGCUUGGUAUUGCUUGUAAAACUAAAGGUGGUGUAGAUUUAAUACAUGAGUUUAGAAAGAUGCGAGGUGAGAAUCCUUAUCAUGAAGAUGAUAUACAUUUUGAUGAGGAAGAAGCAUUUAAACUAGCACCUGAAGAUGAAUGGAAUUUCUUCAUAGAAUUGUUGGGCAUUGCUAAUAAUUAUAAGCAAUAUUUUACAAUGCAAAGGUUAUGUUUUGGUGCUUUAAUGUCUAAAGCCUUGACAACUCAUAGAACAGACAUUGAUUUCUACUGUCUACAAGCUUGUUUAUUGAGUAAUGACUAUCAUGGCGCCUUCAGAUUUAUAAGAGACUUUACACACAAAUAUCCUGGUCCUACCUCAUGGAACCUGUUAAACCUUGUUAUAAGUGCAGUGGAUGAUACAGCACAUGUUAAAUUUUUAUCAAGACUGUUCCAGAAAGAUCCACAUAUAGUAAAAAAUUUGUUUCUGGGUAAUAAUUUUUUGACAUCCGGAAGAUAUUUAGUUGCUUUAAAAUAUUUCUUAGAGUAUCAUGAUCAGUGCAGAGAACCUUUGUCCGCAUUUCUUAUUAGUGUAACAAUAAUGAUAAUGGCAGCACAAAGGACAGUAGAUAAACACCAUAAUUUGAUAUUGCAAGGUCUAUCUUACCUCUCAAUUUAUAAGCAGUUAAGAAAAUGUGAUCAAGAAGCAUACUACAAUAUGGGCAGAGUGUACCAUAUGUUAAGUUUGAAUAAUUUAGCUGUAGAGUAUUAUGAGAAAGCACUGUCAUGUGCACCAAUCGCGAAGUGCGAACAACACGGCGUUAUAGAUUUAACUAGAGAAACAGCAUACAAUCUGUACAUAUUGUACAAAGAUCAUUCACCUGAAAUUGCCCGGAAGUAUAUGUUUAAAUAUCUUGUGAUUUAA